AUGCCGUGGGCCCAAGAUGCCCGCGCCGUGCUUCAAGCCUGGUUUGGCGGGAAUGAGUGCGGUAACGGCAUCGCCGACGUGCUCUACGGCGACGUUAAUCCCUCAGGCAAGUUACCCAUUACUUUCCCUCGGCGUCUCCAGGACAAUCCGUCCUACGUGAACUUUCGCUCUGAGCGUGGGCGUGUGCUCUACGGAGAGGAUAUAUAUGUGGGGUACCGGUAUUAUGAGAAAACUCAGGUUGAGCCCGCGUUCGCUUUCGGCCAUGGUUUGUCGUACACUACCUUUUCUCGAUCUAAUUUAAAGAUCACAACUGUCCCCGAGGCCGCAAAGUACUCCGAAUCCGGAGAGCCGGUGACUGUCUCCGUCGAUGUGACUAACACCGGCACUGUGGCUGGUGCAGAGGUUGUCCAGCUCUGGAUCGUGCCUCCUGCAACCGACGUCAACCGCCCCGUACGAGAGCUCAAGGCGUUUCACAAAGUCUUCUUGCAGCCCGGACGGACCCAGACGGUGCAGCUUCAAGUCGAAAAAAAGCUUGCCACGAGCUGGUGGGAUGAAGCGCGCGACAAGUGGAUCUCCGAGAAAGGACGGUAUGAAGUGCUGAUUACAGGCACCGGCGACGAGCAGCUCCGCGGCGAGUUCAACGUGGACAAGACACGCUUCUGGCUUGGUCUUUAA